AAUGUGACUUCCGCAUCCGUUUAGUCCGGUUUCGCGGGUCAGCACGAAAAAGCUAUCGUUGUACUUACGGAAAGAUGUCAACCUACGAGCCAUUCCCUAUGGCCAUUACGCACAUUUUCUGUAAACUUAUGGCAAUGUUAAUUCGCGGUCUUAAAAUAUAGUAUAACAAUCGGUUAUUCGUGUUUCGUGUUGUCAAGGCAGAAUAUUAAAAUCACCACACUGCGACAUCCAGACAACAAGCAUGUCUCUGCUGUCCGUGGUUGAGCGAGCUAUCGAGACGUCCAAAGCUGAACAAGCUGAGAUAAAUGCCAGUAUUCAACUCUACAGAGACAUAUUGCAGACCUUAACACCACAACCAAAGACUGUCUUUGAGGAGUCAGAAUGUGCAGAUGAUCCUGCUGCAGACACCGAUACCUCACCAGGGGAGAAAGAAGAUAUAGAAUUGCUUGAGCGAGCCCUUGAGAAAGCCCUUCGGAUCCGCACUGGGACAGGAGUUUCUAAAAAAGACCAUGACAGAAACAAAAAAUCUGCACCUCAAAAGGAACCAGCCACUACAGUCGUUGAAUUCAAAGAGGGAAUGCAGGCAUCUGCUUCUAAAGCAAAUCAGACCACAAAGAGAUCAACCUCUAAAUCUGCCGGUAUUGACAAAAAAGAGCACAAAAAGCCUGGUGCGUCAGUAUCCUCCAUGCUGGGCCCAAAAUCUGCAGCUGGCUACCAUUCAGAACAGAGCAAAACCAUAAUUAAUAGAAACAUAAGUGGCAAAGCUGCAGCUUUCUCCACACCUUCUUUAAAUAACACAGUCCCUGUUUCACAUUCCGAGGUGUCUGGAGUUCACAGUGUACCUCGCAAGAAUGGGGUAGCUUCUGAUCAAACAGCAAAAUGGAAAUCUCUAAGGAGCAAGCAAAACAGGUUAUGGGAAAAAGUUGUUGCCCUACAAAGGAAACCUGUGCCUGGGAGGAGUCACUUCAUGGAGAGAAUGAGAGCUACGUUCCCCAAGGAUUGGCCUUGUGGCAGCCCUGAUAAGACCAGGGCUCUGGUCGACAGACUGACUCGCCAAGGGCGUGACCUCACCCAGCACUACCAGAUGAAGGAGCUUCUGGCCAAACAGACCCCAGAAGCAGCCACACAGCUGGUGGGUAAGGAAAACAAGCAUGAUUCCUGUCUGACACUUGAAAGGCUGCAGAUGACAGCAGCAGUGCUCCACGACUUUGCAGACCGAGUGACAAAAGAGUGGGAAGCAUGGGAUCGAUGGAGGCCAGAGGGAGGUUGUCUUUGCCCGACUGGGGCAAAUGGUGUGUGUGGAGAUGGGCUGAUUACACCCCUGCCCCUUACUAUAACCUACACAACAGAGGCAGAGCUCCGGGAGCUAGAGAAGCUGAGGAUGAGGGUGGCACUGCUACAGCAGGAGAUUUACCUAGAGCAGGCUCUGUUGGACACACUGUCCCCUCAGCUAUCGUCCAUAGUACCUGGGCCUGGAUGUCCCAGUGUUGGUGUGCUGAGAGACAUGUACUCCCUGCUGGGGGAAGGAGGGGAGCGUUUCCCUGCCAUCGUCCUGGACACUGAGCCUGACUGACUACAGAGCAUAUUUCACUGAGUUUCCAGUUUAUAAAGUAUUCUGUCCACCUCCAUUUACACACAUAAAAUAAAUAAAAUAUUAGAAAGACCUCUCAGUAUAAUGCAAUCCAGUGAAACACCAGCUGACUCAUAUGCUUCUGACACUGUCAAUAAAAGUAGAACAUUAUGAAGUUCACAAAAACAAGAUUAAUUGAAGGACCAUUGUAUGGAAUUGCUUUAGGUUUACCUAAUAAACUGGUAAGUCGGAUUGUGAACUA